AUGUACAGCGCAACAACAGGACAGUGGAAUGACAUAGCAUGCUUUAACAAAUUGGGCGGUGUAAUUUGUAAAAAGAACUGUUCGAACGCAUGUGGAGUUGCAUCAACUACUACCACACAAUUGACUACAACUACCACGCAGCCAACUACAACAACAACCUUACCAACUACCACAACGACCCUACCAUCAACCACAACAACCGAGCCUUCUACAACAACCACCACCCAACCAACCACAACCACAACCGAGCCUUCCACUACAACAACAACCCAACCAACUACAACCACAACCGAGCCUUCCACUACAACAACAACCCAACCAACUACAACCACAACUGAACCAUCUACCACGACGACCUUUAAUUGCGCUCAACCACCAGUCACAGCAUUGCUGAGUUACAACACUUCUGAUCCCUUAAUACAAACAGGUUCCAGCGCAAUUGAAGGAGUGUGCCUAUGUCCAGCUGAUCCCGGCAACAGUAAUGUCUUUUUCAUCCCUGUUACAACCAUUACAACUGGUUCAAGUGCAAGUAAUUCUUCAGUCAUUAUGAAAUGUUCAAAAAUGCAAGACUUCUGUAUUUGCGACGAAGAUGAUAUUUGUUGGAAAGUAAUAAAUGCUUAUUCUCUAGUUGUGAUUAAUUCUUUCUGCGAUCCAACAUGUCAUAUGUACGCUCGAUUACAAAACGCUGCCCCGUUUACUCAAACCUUCGUGAGCGAAUGUGGAAGAACAAUUACGCUUGCUGAUGAAUUGACUCCAAUUCCAAAUACUAAUAGAAAUAUGUUCAAACCAUUGGGAAGCUCAGCAGACUAUUACAUCAAGGCUGCGAGUAUUCGAUGUCUUCAAGCAGGCGAGACUUGCACCCCAAUCAAAUGUUCGGGAACUAGAAAGCCGUCUCAAUGUCCAACAACCACAACAACCUUACCAACUACCACAACAACCUUACCAACAACAACUACCACCCUUCCAACAACCACAACAACCUUACCAACAACCACAACAACCCUACCAACAACAACUACUACCCUUCCAACAACUACAACGACCUUGCCAACAACCACAACGACCCUUCCAACUACCACAACCACCCUUCCAACAACUACUACUACCCUUCCAACAACCACAACAAAGUUACAAACAACAACUACUACCCUACCUACAACAACACUUGCGCCGUUAAAUUGCGGUAAUUGUGCAGCGGGUCAAUCAAGAGUGAUAUAUGAUAAAAAUACUUUAACAAGUAAUCAGAUUGUUAAAAAUAAUGCUGCAAGUCAGUGCAUCUUUAACUGCAAGGAUCCAGACGUUUCACAGAUUUGCUACUCUACUGAUGCCGUAAACGUCGCUAGAAUUAACUGUACUGAUCCUUCACAAUUCUGUGUUUGUGCUUCUAAUGUUCAAAAAGGUUGCUAUACAGUUACCAACACUGCACUUUUGGCAGAUUAUUCAAUUUAUGCUAACGCUAGUUAUACAUUUUUGGUUAUCAACUCUGGAUCAAGUAAUAUAGCAAAUAGUAUGACUGGUGCCUCUUAUAAAUUUACUGCAGGCCCAUCGUUUAUAGUCGGCAACAGCAAAACUUUGAAUGCCCCUGUCCUUGGAAGUGAGUUUAAUUUAAUGGGAGAGAAGAAAAAUUUUUUAUUUUUUCCCACUCUGUGGAUACUCAUUCGGCGACACGACACUUGCGGACCGACACUUGCGGACCGACACUUGCGGACCGACUUUUGCGGACCGACAUUUGCGGACCAGACAUUUGCGGACCGACAUUUGCGGACCGACUUUUGCGGACCGACACUAGAGUACCACCAAAAAACAAAAACGAAACAAAAAUUUUACAAAUUAGAUAAAAAUUUAUUUCAACUAGACAGAUUUUCUUAUUCUGCACAGAGUCAAAGAGAAAUACCUGAACGCAGAGUGGUCGACGCUAAGGAAUUACAAAAUAUAAUUAUUGAGGUAUUUGUAUUUGGACUACUUAGUGUGUAG